UUUUUGAACUGAUCUUUUCAUAAACAAUUUUUUGCGUUUUCAAUGUUCAGCAAAAAAAGAGACGAAAGGAUCGAACAAGGAUUUCUUCUUCACAGUGCACUGUACAGUUAGAGAGACAGUUUUCUUCUUCACAGUGCACUGUACAGUUAGAGAGAGACAGUCUAGAGUGAGAGAGAGAAUGGGGCAUCAUCACAUUCUUCAUAACGACCACCAUGAAUCAGCAGACGGUCUGGCGAAUCUGUUCAGGAAAGCGAACCACGAUCUCACUGUGGUCCAACACAGACUCGAAAAUGAGUUCCAACAAAUCUACCCUGACCAUGCAAAUCCAAUGAAACUCGUAUAUCGCAUAAAGAAAAUACAGGAAGAUCUAUCGUCUUUGAAAGAGCAGUGCCGUCAGCUUCUAGCAGCCAAACAGGAUUUGAUUGACAAGACCAGGACUACCCUAGUUGGGAACAGAUCAUUACUACAGCGGUUGCAAGCAUCCACUGGUGCUCCUGUCACCAGUGAUUCUGAUGAUCUUGCAUACACUGAUUUCAACCAGAUCAUAGAUGAGUGGACUGCUCAAGUCAGAUCAGCAAAGGGGGAUGAGAGUCAUGGAUCGGGCGCUGAGGAUAUCAACCAGCUGCUCUUUUCAGCAAUUGUUCAAGGCAACUGAACAAGAACAGGACAAUCUUGACAAUCAGCCAUUCCCAUUAAAUGUAUAUCUUCAUUUUCAAAUAGAUCAUUUUCUGAGUGAGGGAAUGCUUGUUUUAUCUCUCUUUUCUUCACAGAAUACGGAAUAUGGCUCAGUUUAUAUGGUUUAACUCAUUACAUAGUGUUCAAUAGAUCCUUUCUUGUAUUUCUCUCUCUUUAAUUCAAUGAUACUCAACUGGAUGGUUCAAACUACUACUCUACAUCAGCCGAUUAACAUUUAUGUAUGAAUUGUUAAAUGACGUGCAUUCUGUUCAUAUAAUGCAUAUAGCAACCGGUUGUUGGUU